AUGGAAUGUAAAAUAGUUUCGGAGAAUGGUCAAGAACUUGGAUGUAAUGAAUUUGGAGAAUUAUACGUCCGUGGACCAAAUGUUAUGAAGGGUUAUCUUAAUAAUAAGGAAGCUACGGACAUUUGUAUUGAUAGUGAUGGUUGGUUUCGUACAGGGGAUGAGGUAUUCGCUGACUCUCGAGGAUUAAUUGGAUUAAUUAAAUACAAGGGAUACCAAGUAGCUCCAGCCGAACUUGAACAAGCAUACAUAGUAUUACAAAAAGAUAUAAUUCAAUCUGAUGAGAUAAAGAAGAGAUUAAAUUAUUUGUCUCAAAGAGUUUCUAAUCAUAAAUGGUUACGUGGCGGUAUUUAUUUUACUGAUCAAAUUCCUAAAAGUCCCUUUGAGAAGGAUAUUAAGAGAUAG